AACAUGGCGUCUUCGUCAACAGGAAUAGAAGUUAAGAAUCGGGUGGAAGAUAUGCUCUCCCGGAUUGCGAAUAGCGAUGUUGUCGUGAAAAGCCAACAAAGGGGAGAACCUGAUUUUACUGUAGAUGAGAAAAUUGCAAUUUUGCAUGAAAUCUUGGAUAAGAGUCCUUCAUCUUUUCUAAUGAGAUUUGGAAGACAUCUUAGUGAAGACGAUCUGGCAAAUUUUAAUCAUUUAAAGGGCGAUUAUGAAGUAGACUUUCGCAUUAAAGAAGUGAAAAAUAUCCUCGAUAUCAAAAAGAGUAAAACUGGAGUUCGAAAUAGACGCUAUGAAUGCCUUCAAAGAUUAAUGAAGGCUUCUGAUUACUUCAGCGAAGAGAAUAUGAGAAAGAGAUCUCCUCUGCUAUACGAACAAUACAUAGGGCAGUAUUUAACCGAGGAAGAAAAAUUCGAGAGAGACAAAGCAGAAAUGGGAGAUGAUGUUAAUUUUUCUGAUAUUCUAAUGAGGCAACAAGAGAAGGAAAUGGAUAAUUGGUUACUAGAAUAUCACAGAGAUCAGGAAAGUUGUAUGCAGGAGGAAGAGGAUGAGUCAGAUAGUGAUAGUUCGCUUGAAAAUGGUAACUAGUUUGUUCGUUUGUAAUGUAUUAGCCUGUUCAUGGCGUUCAGUGGGGUGCGGUGCAAAGUGAGAGAGUGGGAGAAGAUAAGGAGAAAGGGAGGGAGUGGGAGAAAGUUUGCUCUCAUCCCCCAUCCCACCCCCCCCUGCUGUUUUCCUGCUUAUAUCUCUUUGCAUCAUCCUUAAUACAAAUGAACAAAAUCAUUACAGUUGAAGAUGCAUUUGGCAAACCUGAAUUUUUUCAGGCUUUUUCUUUCUGCAACUGCAUAAGUUGCAUCUUCAACUGCAAUGAUCUUCUUUACAUUGAUAUAUAUUGUGAGUUGGGUAUGGCAAAUUGUCCUGAGUCUGGGAGUAUGCAUAGCUCAUCUGAUUGAUAUUCUUCAUUAUGUGUGUGAGUUGUAUAAAAAUUAUUGCACCUAUCAGUGGCCAUCCCAGGACUCUAAUUUGUGGACAUGACUGAGCAUCAAUGGAAUUUGUGUAUGCUUGUGCUGCCAGUUUUAAGAUGGGUUUAGGGGGAUUGAAUUACUUUUGCUUUUUUGUGCAAGCAACCCUCUCCAGGGAUAGGCUGGUGGGAUUUGUAGCAUAUCCACCGUGUAUGGUUGUUUUGCCUACAAGCUGUAUUGCAAACAUCCUGUUCACUAACAUCUGAAGUCAUUUUGCUAAUAUGUUAGGCCAGUCCCCUCACUUCUUUUGCCUGAUCAGUGGCUCAAAGAGCAAGGUAUAUACAUGAAUAUCACACUUUUUUGUGUCAUGGCUAAAGAAUGAGGAAUGUGCAGCACAAAUAAAGACAUUAGCCAAUGGGAUGAUGGCGAAACAACUCACUGGUCAGUCCAUUGAAUUAAAGUUUCCUAGAAACAAGUGCAUAAUUUAUUUCCCAACUGUGUGAAUACUGCAUGGAGAUUACACAAAGAAAAACAACGCUAGUAGAAAGUACAUGUUGCUUCAAUUGCAAGUAGUGGCAAGUAACAGUAAAUACUCAUAAGGAAACCUCGUGCAGUUUGCUUUUACAACGUGCAGGUAUUUUCUGUUGCUGUUUCAACUGGUCAAAAAUAGCACACCUUUUUAAGGAAGAAAGAAUUUUUUUGGAGGUGUAUCUUGGGCUUUCCAGGAUCAUCUUCUUGGGCUGGAUGAUUAAAAGUGCAUAUAAGGCCCAGAGCUUUAUACGGCUAGUUACUAGUUAUUGCAGAGAAUGUAGAAUGUCUCCUGAGUUAUUCAUUUUUCUCAAAGAUACUUAAGUCUAAAAAACCUAUUCUACGCCAUUUCUUCUCAUAUUAUUGUUCUUUUCUUUUAGUGGAGUCAGGGAGUCCCCUCAAAGGCUGUCCUACAGAGAAAGAGAAACUGAUGCUGCAUGAAGAAUUUUUAAGUGCCAUGCAAGAUAAAUUUAUGCGAGGUGAAGAGGAGGAGUUUGAUUAUAGCAUUGUUGACACAAAUGAUGAGUAUGAUGACUUGAAAAUUAGAGAGAGAGAUGAAGAGGAAAGAUACUUUGAUGAUGAUAUUGCAAAUUGAGGAGUGCUUCUGCUUUCUAUGCUAAAGUGCAAUAAGCAAUUUUUACCACCAAAUUGUCUCCCUGCAAUGCGCUAUAAGCUGCAUGAAAAAUUUUUUGUCUAGUGUUGUAACAUCCCCUGAGAUUAAACAUGUCUUGCAAAGUAGAUACAUGGCAAUGGCCUUAACAUUACAAGGGAUGGUUGUUUCAGAGGGUGUUGCACUUUGAAGCAUUUCAUAAAACAGGUUUUCUUUAAAAAUGGAACCAAAAUCACAAGAGAAGAUGCAGGGGAAACUAGCCAGGG